AGAAGAAAAGCACAACAACACACUGGAGCCGCAGCUGACAAAACGAAACACACUCUGCUGCUAAGCUGUCACUGUUUUAACACUAUUUUAGCACUCUCUCCAACACUUUUCAAGCAGGCGACACUAGCACAGUGUGUCUGAGACGACAACAAAGAGGCUGCAAGCUGCACACUGCUUGCUGGCAGUGGUGCUCAAAGUGUUUUAGUGUCACGUUGGUUUAACGUUUUUGUCUUUGUUACAUUAAUCAAGCAAAGACAUGACGGGGGUGGCCUCUCCUCCAGAGAAGCCGACAUCAUGCUCCAAGAAGAAGAGCGAGAGGAAGUGCGCCAGCAAAGAGGAGUACAGACAGCUGUCCAGCAUCAUGGGAGUCAUGAACAACCUGAGGAAGCAGGGUACUCUCUGUGAUGUGACCCUGUUGGUUCAAGGGAAACACUUUCCUGCCCACAGAGUAGUGUUGGCUGCUGCCAGCCACUUCUUCAGCCUCAUGUUCACCACCAGAAUGAUGGAGUCGAUGUCCCAUGAAGUGGAGCUCAGGAGUGCUGAGCCCGAGAUCAUUGAGUUGUUGAUUGAAUUUAUCUACACAGCUCGGAUCUCGGUGAACAGCAGUAACGUCCAGUCAUUGCUUGAUGCAGCCAACCAGUACCAGAUUGAGCCUGUGAAGAAGAUGUGUGUGGAGUUCCUCAAAGGACAAAUUGAUGCAACAAACUGCCUUGGUAUUUCCGCCCUGUCAGACUGUAUGGACUGUCCAGAGCUGAAGGCAGCAGCAGACGACUUCUUCCAGCUCCACUUCACUGAAGUCUACAAACUGGAUGAGUUUCUACAACUGGAUGUGACACAGCUCACACAUCUACUGCACCAGGACAAACUUACUGUCCGUGCUGAGGCCCAGAUUUAUGAUGCAGCAGUGCGCUGGCUGAAGUACGAUGUGUGUAACCGACAACAGUACAUGGUGGAGGUGUUGGGGUGCGUUCGCUUUCCUCUGGUCUCCAAAACCUUCCUCUCCAAGACGGUGCAGGCUGAGCCCCUCAUACAGGACAACCCACAGUGCCUCAAGAUGGUCAUCAGUGGGAUGCGAUACCACCUGCUGUCCCUGGAGGAUCGGGAGGAUCUUGGAGAGAGCAGCCGACCACGACGCAAAAAGCACGACUACCGCAUUGCUCUAUUUGGAGGCUCCCAGCCUCAGUCCUGCCGCUACUUUAACCCCAAGGACUCCAGCUGGACAGACAUCCGCUGCCCAUUCGAGAAGCGCCGGGACGCCACUGCCGUCUUCUGGGACAAUGUGGUCUACAUCCUGGGUGGGUCACAGCUCUUCCCCAUCAAGCGCAUGGACUGCUACAACGUCCUGAAAGACAGCUGGUAUUCCAAGCUGGGUCCACCAACACCUCGUGACAGCCUGGCAGCCUGCGCCGCCCAGGGCAAGAUCUACACAUCUGGAGGGUCGGAAGUGGGCAGCUCUGCCCUCGACCUCUUUGAAUGCUACGACACAAGAACAGAGUCGUGGCAGGUGAAGACCAGCAUGCUGAUGGCCCGCUGCAGCCACGGCACAGUGGAGGCCAACGGGCUCAUCUACGUCUGCGGUGGAACGGUGGGCAACAAUUUGUCUGGCAGGGUCCUCAACAACUGUGAGGUUUACGACCCCAGCACACAACAAUGGAGGGAGUUGUGUGGGAUGAGAGAGGCCAGGAAGAAUCAUGGGCUGGUGGUGGUCAACAACAGAAUCUAUGCUGUUGGAGGGCAGGGGGCACUGGGUGGACUCGACUCAGUGGAGUACUACGAUAUUGCCAGUAACGAGUGGCGUGCUGCUGCAGCAAUGCCAUGGCGAGGUGUAACAGUGAAGUGUGCAGCCGUUGGUGAUGUCAUCUAUGUGCUGGCAGGGUUCCAAGGGGUGGGUCGGCUCGGUCACGUCCUGGAGUACCACACAGAUACUGAAAGGUGGGUGACUUGCAGCAAGGUACGAGCGUUUCCCGUCACCAGCUGCCUGAUCUGCGUGGUGGACACGUGUGGAGUCAAUGAAGACGAAGACAUGGAUCUGAUAGACUCUCAGUCCCACGUUGCAUCUGCUGCCUCUUCAUCUGCCUCAACCUCAUCAUCCUCAUAGGGCAAGAGAGAGAUUUGGAGUAUGUUAAGUUGUGACAGCUACUGCAUCAGGUUCUCCAGGUGACUUUUUGUUACGGUCUUGAUUUGUACCAAGGCCUGACAGCUUGUACUAAUGUGAAUAUUCACAUGUGUGUUUAGGCAACAAACUGUUUAUGUUCUUUAACUUCUUUAUCUUUAAGGCCAGCAGUCAAAUUUCUCUUUAACUUUUAGCUGUUUAGCUGUAGGUCCUUAUAUUUAAGUGCCAGUGGAACACUGUCCACAAGUAUAUGUUUACAGGGACAAGGAGACUUUUAUUGAAAGGGGGGGUUUCUUGACUGUGGAUGGAGGAGGUGGAUUGGAUACUUGACUGGUUUAGGAAAAACUCCAAAAACCAAAAAAGAGACUGAUUAAGAGUCAGAUUUUUUUUAUUUGAUUUCUUUGUCCUGACUUUUUUUUUUACAUUGUAAUGUUGUUUUUUAGCUUGUGGAUUACGUUCUGUUAAGGAGUGUUGUUAUAUUGCCUUUAUGGAUAUCUGAAUCUUUGUUAUGUUGUGUAUAUUUAACAAGAGUACUUCGGGAGCACACUGAAACUUAAAACUGACACUAUAAUAAUUAUUCUCAGCUAUGGCUACAAGUACAAACUAGCUGAUGGUGAUCAUUUAAAAGAAAACACAAGCAAAGCGUUUUGAUUCAUAUUUUUUAAUAUACAAAGUAAACUUGAGCACCAAAUUCAUGGAUAUUAAGGCAAAUAUUAAAAUGACAAAAGAUUCCAUGUAUUGUUCAUUAAAAAUGACACUAGCUGCCAUACAACUUUCUGGAAAUUGAAUUUGAAUGAAUAAAGUAGUUCUUCUGGUAGACAGAAACAAUAAAUUAAGACAUCUCACUGUUUAUAUCCUGUGUUGGUGUAACUAAAAAUAAUUAAAAAAAAAUAAAACUGUCAUGGUAAAAACCG